AUUAUAUAUAUAUAUAUAUAUAUAGUAAUUAUUGGUCCUUGCCACAGUGUUUAACUGUAUAUAUUCACAUUCCUAUAGGUUCAUUCAAUUAACUGGUUAAUUAAAAAUCAAUAAUAUUUCAAAGUUGUGCAUUCGCUUUUUGUAUAUUUGUUACGAGCCGAUUUCUUUUGUUUAGAUAAUUCUAGUUUAAAUCUGUUUCCCGAUAUUCCUUGCAUUUUUGUCAGUGUAUAAACUUAAGUCAAGUUAAAAGUUCGUCACACUACUUAUUCCAAGUUCAAUUCAUACAAAUCUUUUAAAUAUUCAAUAAAUUACAAUGCGUCUGAAAAAGGCUAUCACUUUAGGUGAUGGUUACGUUGGUAAAACCUCCCUUUUGAUUAGUUAUACUACCAAUACUUUCCCAAAUGAUUAUAUUCCAACUGUUUUCGAUAAUUAUACUGCUACAGUCAUGAUAGAUGGUGAACCAAUUAAAUUAGGUUUAUGGGAUACUGCUGGUCAAGCUGAAUAUGAUAGACUAAGACCUUUAAGUUAUCCUCAAACUGAUAUAUUCUUAGUAUGUUUUUCUGUAGUUGGUCCUGAUUCUUUUCAAAAUAUAAAAGCUAAAUGGAUACCCGAAAUCUUACAUCAUUGUCCUAAGGAUAUCUUAACGAUUUUGGUAGGAACUAAAGUUGAUUUAAGAGAUGAACCUUACGUUUUAGAUGAAUUGGCUCAAAAGAGUUUAAAGCCUAUUACUUAUGAACAAGGGGUAAAAUUAGCUAAAGAAGUUGGAGCCAUAAAAUAUUUAGAAUGUUCAGCUGCAACUCAAGUUGGUGUAAAGGAAUUAUUUGAUUUUGCCAUAAGGGCAGCUUUAGACCCAACGGGCUUUACCCAAUCAGAGACAACUACAAAACGUAAAUCAGUUACAUCUAAAACAACCCAUACUUCAUCUUCACAUGCUCCAAAGAAAAAAGCUAGAAAGACUAAGAAGUGUACCAUCUUAUAAAUAAUGUCUGACAAUUUUCAUUUAUCCUAGAUUAGAUAAGGACUCUUAUCAAUCCUAAAUUUAUCUCCGUAAAUGAUUUGUAUUAUCUAUCCUAAUAAUUCUAUUUCACCUAUUUUACUUUAGAUAUGCAUUUAUGUCUAUAUAUAAACGGAGUUAACC